AUGGAUCACUUCAAGGAUCAAGCAGUCAAGGCCUUCAACUUUGCCAAGCACGAGGUAUCUUCUCGUAUUUCCGAAAGAACAAACUUUGAUCAUGGACCACCAUUCACUUGUGCCAUCUUUGGUUGUGGUGGUAUCAACUUUGGCUCUGCCGAAGGCCCUUGGAACAACUCUGAAAAACUCGAAUUGGUUCUUGGUCAUCGUCUUAAGGUGAUUGCCCUUCUUUCUCCCCACAAGACCUCUCACGAACGUGUCUUGAAGAAAAAGGCCGAAAGUCCUUAUGCUACUUGUUACAACACUGUUCAAGAAUUUUACUCUCCCGACGAGUACAUCAAAUACUUGACUGAACAUCCCGGUGAACUCCCUCAUGCUUUCAUCAUCGGAAUUCCACCCGAAACCCAUGGUUCCACUGCUCCAGGAGCUGACAUGGAGCUUGCCCUUUUGAAACGAUUCCCCAAAGCCGCUCUUUUCAUCGAAAAGCCCAUUUCCGCUGCUCCCGUGGAAGACGCCUUUGCCGUCGCCAAGCAAAUUCCAAACGAAGCCAUCAUCUCCGUCGGUUACAUGCUUCGUUACUUGAAGGUCGUUCAAAAGGCCAAGGAUAUCAUUCGUGAAAAGAACCUCAAGGUUGUCAGCACCAUAGCCAAGUACAACUCUGCCUAUGUCCAUAACUCCAAGGUGUUCUGGUGGGUCAUGUCGCAAUCCGGUGGCCCUGUCGUUGAGCAGGGUACUCACUUUUGCGAUUUGUCUCGCUUCUUCGGUGGUGAUGUCGACACUAGCACCGUUCGUGUUCAGCGUGUCAACUGGGACGACGCGCCUGGUAAGUUGUCUGCCAUGCCCUUUGACGAAGAAAAGGAGGUUCCUCCUCACGAGCGUAUCCCCCGUUUCACCGCUGCCGUCUGGAAGUACAAGGAAGGCGGUGUAGGUUCUUUCACCCACAACAUUACCCUUCAAGGUACAAAGUACGACACUUGCAUUGAAGUUCAAGCCGAUGGCUACUACCUUCGCAUCGUUGAUCUUUAUGGUGAUCCCGUCCUUUACGUUCGUUCCCCUGAAUCCGACAGCGAGCAAAAGUACCACUACCCUGGUGAUGAUCCUUACUACGCUGAAUUCAAGGCCUUCUUAGAAGCUGCCGAGGGUAAGGGCCCCAAGUCCGCUAUCCAAUCCGACUUUAUGGAUGCUGUCAAGUCUUAUGAGCUUACCAAGGUCAUUACUGCUGCCAAGUGA